AUGUCGAGAUCGCCGUCGCCGCCGCUCAUCACUCUUCAGGUACGAACCGAUUCUCAUUGGGACCUCAUGCAAACUGUAACAGUGAAAUUUAUCGUAAAGUAGUGCACGUUAGUUGCGAAACGUCAGAGUCCCAUCUGAUUGGAGCGCGCUUUGAGUGACAUUCCACAAAAAAGACUCCCCCCGCUAAAGUGUGCGGUGGUUUUGAACCAGCAGCUGUAUGUAGAGGAUAAAUAGAAGAAGGGGCUCUUGAGAAAAUGUCAACACAGAUGGAAAUGUCUUUGGAAAUGCGCUCUACUGCACUUAAAUUUAGUCUAGCGGAGCGCGUGUGCUCGUCUCAGAAUUUCUCGAACAAUAUAAUAAUAUCAAUUUUCAACAGGCCGGCCGGCCUAUUGCUCAGCCCCAAAACAGUGCCAAGACCCCCCACCAAUAUUUCGGAUCACUUGACUCAUGUCAACACAAAUUAGCGCUACUGAUAUCAAGAUAAGAGUACAGAACGGAAUUGCGAUCGAGGAGGGGUCUAUCCAAUCGCAGAUUCCCCCAUUCUUUGAAUUCUGUUUUCGUUCUCUGUAGGAAAGACCGAAAAUCCAUUUUCAUUUUCAUUUUUUUCAGCAAGACGAAAUGUCUGAGAGCGUGGAUCAGGUGCUCGGCGAGCUGAGCAAGAAGCUCGUCGACGAGGUCAUUCCGGCCGUCCAGGACCAAAUCGAGCAGGAGCUGAAGGUGCAGAAGACGCCGCCGUCCUCGCUGAACGACUCGUUCGCCGAGGAGCUGAGCGUAAGUCAGCCCGCCCCAUUCAUUUUAUUUCUCUAUUCCAUUCAAUUUACUUGCCAUGUGUAUGUCGUGCCGGUUUAUAUGUAUAUUCUUCUGUUCCUCCUCACAUCUGUUUUCUGUCAAUCCAUUACCCUCUUCCGGGUGGUGGCUAAUGAGCCGCGCCAAAUGGUCGACCGUGAUGUCGAAGUGUCCGAUCUUUGAAGGCGUUUAUCCCGAGAACCGGUGGCUGUCCUGAAAAGUUGUCUAUUUUAAAUUUGUUGUAAAGUUUAUUACAAACAACUUUCCAAUUUAUCAUUUUUUUUUUCGUUCUUGAGUUAUGCGCCAAUUUCGAAAAACAUUUUCUCGCACGGAAUCCCACACACUUUCAAGACGCAAAAGGUUAUCAAUAGAGCGCGUUUGCAUCAUUCGUUGGCGGGAAAGGCAUUUUCGAAUUUGUUAAUUCUUCAAAAUUUGUCGUUCUUAAACUUCAUUUUUUAAUGUAUUAUCUCACCAAACGCAGAUUCACGCUUGAAUUCCAGUAGAAAUAGAAAAAUAUGUGGCGGAAAAUGAGAAUGUUAUGGGGUUAUUCAGACUGUGAAAAAAAUUAUUAUUUUUCCGUUUUUUUACGUCAAAAAACCCAAUUCAGCGGUGUAAAAAAACGAAAAAAAAACGGAAAACCAACAUACGCUGAAUAGCCCCAUUAGCCAACAGAGUGAUGAGCCAAAAUUCGGAAUGGGGUCGUCUCCAACGACACUCCGCUCGUUGCGUUGCGGCAGUCAGGGCAGGAAGAAAAAAAGAGAAUGGUUCUGGCCAACUGGUCCUCCGAAUGGACGGACCGUCGAGAGGAAAGACAGCAGCAACACGACGCCAAACUAUGAACACGUGUUUCGAUGGUCUGUUUUCGUGACGAUGUGUCACUCAAACCCCUCGUUAACACCUAUUGAUCUCUGCGAAAGGUGCGAAAUUCUUGAACGGUCCCUGGCCGGUCAUCGACAGAUCGGUGUGUUGCUGUCUUUCCUCUCGACGGUCCGUCCAUUCGGGGAGGACUCUCGGCAGAACCAUCCUCCUUUUUUCUCCUUGCCCUGCCUGUCUUCCCAAAGUCCGCGACGCGCGCCCUUAGUUUUGACCUACCAUACACCGCGUGUGAAUGCAUUUCCGGUUGUUCUCUCAUCAUUGCUCAUCGUUUUCUGCGGAUUGUUUUUGUCGUCAACGUUGCUAUGCGCCAAUUUCUAAACAUCCAGGUCUAUCGAAUCCGUGAGUCAUUCGGUAGUGUAUGUAUUGCCAAAUACCAUCAACAUGUGUACAAUGCCACGCUGACUAACCCUCUUCCUCUCGGAGGCACUGACCGCGCCACGGAGGGAGGAAAAAGAGCGAAAACAUUGGUGGUGUCCCCUCUCUCUCUCUACGACUAUUAUUGUUUUCGAUCGUGUCUGCGAGAGAACGAAAGCAUGUGAGCUUUCAGCGCGACAAUUUCGCUUCGAAAAGUGGUCGCUGAACCCAUCACUUUUCUCCCUCUCCGCCCCCUCAACUUCUCAACUUUCUCCCUCGGUCCCUGCUCUCGAAUUACGCGUGGCAACACAUACAUGCAAUUUUUUCUCCCGAAAUCACCUCUAUCUUCUCUCCGCUUCGCCCCUCUUUUUUUCGUCGCUCCGCGUAAAAGAGUUGUUGUUGGUGGUGUGUUCCCUCCUCCGACCGGGGCACUGGAUGCCCUCUCUGUCACACACACACACACACGUUGAUCAGGAGAAAAAGAGACAAGUUUUCCGGUCGGCACGCUUCACAUUUUCAUAGUUUUGAGCCUAAUUCACCGUGCAAUGAAAUCGGAAAAGCCUGUCAAUUUUUGCUCGAUUUUCGAUGAAACCGUUUAGAAUAGAAAUGUGUUCUCCUGUCGAUUUUAAAACAGGAAAAGUGGUAAAAUAAGGUCCUCCUCGGUCAUCACGAUUUAUUAUAGGGGCACCGGACAGAAAGGGCGCGCUGUUCGCAAUCUGGCCGAAUUUCUAGACCGCGAAAUAAUUUUCCACUGAAAACGUGGCUUAACUUUUCAAACUCGGCCCCGAGGUCGCUCAAUUUGCACUGCAAAAAGAGUUUCUCAACAGAGCGCCAUUUCUGUGCGGUGCCCCUAUAAUAGUCAGACUUCUGAAGUGAGUUCGCGCCAUUCUACUCUGAACUUUUUCUCCGAUUUCACGCCUCAUUUUCUUCGGUUCCAAUUUCCUCCUCUCCUCGCCACUCAUUUUUUCUCGAUGUUUUUGACCUUCUCUCGUUCUGGUCGCGCACGCGCACGUACAUGUUGUUGCAAACGAACGAGAGAGAGAGGAAAAAAGCAGGCGGCCGAUUCGAAAACACGCCAAUCUUUUCGCUUCUCUCUCCCUCCCUCCCUCUCAUUUCCAUUUGAUCUGUUUGGAAAAGAGAAUUGUUGACUGUUCGAUUCGAUUCGCAACAGAGAAAAAAAACAGAGUGAAUAGCCUCUUUUUUCCUUGAUUUUAUUACCACUUUGUUUUCUCUUCCAUAGUUUCAAAAGAGAAAUCUAGGCCAGCUGCCGGAGCUACGAAAUUCAAAAAAGAUUGUUUACUACUUUUUAUCGCACGAGUUUCGAUUUAUUCGAGCUUUUUCGAAUUUUAUAGUCGAAAAUUCGGUAGCAAUAGGAGAUUUUUCGUUGAUUUCGCGCGCGCCAACCGGCAACCUUUAAUUUUCCUGGAAAGCCGCUCCAAAGCUCCAAAGACAAGGGAAAGAGGCGGUAUUUGGAAAUUAGAUUGGUCUAGGCACCUCGCGUCCCGCUCUUUUUUUUCCCAUUUUCCAUUCGAAAUUGGAAAAUGAGCCUUCUUGGCAAAGCGAGAGCUCAUUCGUACCCGCUUUUCUCUUUUCUCUUUGGCCAGCGAAAUUGCAUUGUGGGUCGACUAUAAAAUGCGCGAAAAAAAAACGACCGAACAUCAGAAAACGGUCAAGAAAUUGUGUUCGAGAAGCGUCACAAAAGUGAAUGAAGAGCAGAAGAGACGCAGUCACUCAGCUAAGGGGUUGUUUUUUUGGUUUUUGAGGUUCCAAAGAUCCGAAGCAGACAAAGGGGGCGUGGCGUAAACUAGCGCGGCGACGUUCUAGAAACUUCGAGGUGGCUCGUGAUUUCAGAGGCCACACACCGAGCUGUUGGGUAUAAAAGCAAUUGUUUUACACAAUUCUAGGCCAAUGAUUCAAAAUUUUGUCGAGACGCGCAAUAGACAUGUGAGACCAAACGGAAGUUGUUGUAAGCUAAUGUAAGUAGUUGUAAGCAUCGAAAAUGGUACUUCUUCGAUAAUUUUCAAUUUUUGCUGUUUGUCUUCCAUUUUUAACGAAUUCUAUAGCCUGCCGCCUGCGAAAUUACGAAAAACUGCAAAAAUCGACGUUUGCUAUUGCUUUUUCAUUUUCACCCGAAUUUCAAUAGCACGCUGCCCGAUGAAAUGCAAUUUUGACAAAAAUAGCUCAAUGGCCGUCUAAAUGACUCGAAAACCGGCUUUUUCCACUACAACUUUUUAGAAACUUUGAAUUACGCGGUGUUUUGUCCGACCACUGGUCUAGAAUUUGCAAGUUGCACGACAAAAGUUCAAACGAUUUGAAACCCGUGCAGCCGAUUGCAUCACCCUUCGAAACGCAUCUCACUCCGUUUCGCUUUCUGUUUCGACACUUUUUUUUUUUGAAUUUUUCUUUGCGCCACUGGCUCGUGCACCCGAUCAGCAGAUCGAGUCGGCACGUAUCAUAAUAACAAGUGAUGUGGCGCUCCACUAUUUUUGUUCUUUGUUCCGCCCUUGUUUUGGCCAAAAGUUACAUUUAAAGAUCAAAUGUGUCCUCGCUCAAAUCACGUGCACAUUAACUGGCUCUCACCAGACAUUGCGAAAAAAAAACAAGGAAAAUGUGAAAAGCUCGGGGGGAACGCAUCAGUGAUCAUGUUUUUGUUGACCCUCUCUGCCAUUCUGCGUUUCUCACGUCACAUGUGAAAAACAAGUGCACUCGAGUGAAGCUCCGCCCCCGUUUUUUGAGAAUGGAACUCUCCGGAACAUGUGCUAUCAUUUGCUAUAUCACAUGAGCCCCUACGCUAUAAAAUUGACGUUUUUCGUGGCCGCUCACGAUGAAAUUUAGGCCCAAGUCUCAUUUGAAAUUCAACAUUUUUCACCAGCACCCGUCUUUUCGAAUGCAUGAGCAUUUGUGGGCUCAUAUUCUUGACGAGAAGAUGCUAUUUAUUGUGGCCAUCGAGAUAUAUCUUCCAUUUUUAACCAAUUCUAGGCCAGCAAUUUCGGCGCCAAAAAAACGAGCUUUUCGGAUUGUUCCCGAAGUUUUCUUGAAAUUAAAAAAAAAAAGUUCGCGAAUUUUGAGUUAGCAAAACAGUUUCUCACAUUUUCUCACACUUUCUUGCGCGAUUUAGCGAAAAUUUUCGGAAAAAUCAAAAGAACGAGUGCACUUUGUGCGAUUGUUUGCCAUUUCCAUCGGAAAACAGACUUCUCACACCGCGAGAAAAAAAGCAUUUGAAUUCAUGAUAACAUAAUUUCCAUCCCACUCACCGCUUAUCACUUUUCCAGUCCGAAACUGGUUGCCGACUGCACUUCAUUUGCGUUUUUCCCUGUUUCACUCCCAGCAGUUCGCGUCCGUCAAUAUUGUGCGAUUUGCAGACUGAAACGCACACUGAAACAAUGAGCUUUUUGGACAAGGUCAAGGACAGCGUCAACAGCGCCUACGAGACCGUUGAGAACGCCGCCGAUAGAGUGAGUUGCAGAAGCUUCUAGAAUUUUGCGAAAACUUUUUGAAUUUCAGGCCGGUAGCACUGUGACCGGAGCCGUGCACGACACGACCGAGUUCGCGUCGACCAAGGCUUCCGAUGCCAAGGACGGCGUCUCCGGAGCGGUAAGUGUGGCAAUCGCGCUCUGCCGCUCAUGUAGCGGUCGCCGUUAUGCGUUUUCCGGCGUGUGUAUUAGCAAAUUUCAACAAAAUUCACUUUUCAGUUCACUUCGCUCGGCGAGAAGAUCGGCGAAGCCUACGACAACACGAAGCAGUACGCGUCGGACACGCUUACUUCGGCCGGCAACAAAGUGAACGAGGCGGAGGACGCGAUCAUCGAAAAGACGCACCACGCGGCCGACUCGGUCGCCGAAACCGCUUCGAAUGCCUACGAGGGAACGAAGAACACCGCGUCGAGCGCCGGAAACGCUGUUCUCGGCGCGUUCAGCUCGGUUAAGGAGGCCGUCACCGGGGAUCUGGCGCACAAGACUGGGGACGCGCUCUCCGAGGCUCAGGACAACGCCGUCGAGGCCAAGGACGCCGUCGCCGAGAAGGCCGCCGAUGCCGCAGAUGCCGUCAAGGAGAAGGCCACGGACUUGUCCGACUCGGCCAAAGACCUCGCCAAUCAGACCGGAGAAGAGAUCUCGGAUGCGUACGAAUCGGCGAAGCAGCUCACUUCCGACGCUGCCGACUCUGCCAAGGAGACGACCGGAGGAUGGAAGGAGAAGGCGUCGGAGACUCUCGACUCGUUCAAGGCGCACGCUUCGGAUGCCAAGGACGCCGUUGAGAACACCGCUUCGGAUAUUUACAACUCUGCCAAGGACAAGGCUUCGGACGCUCGUGAUGCCGCCGGAGACGCUUUCGAUUCGGUCAAGGGAAAGACCUCGGAUGCCGCUGAUUCGACCCAGGAAUCUGCAAAAUCUCUGAAGGACAAGGCCGCCGACGCCAUCUCUGGAGCCUACGAUUCCGCGAAAGAAACGGCUUCGGGACUGGCUGACAAGUUCACCGGACACGCUUCGGACGCCCAGGACACUGUCGAAAACACUGCUUCUGAUGCGUUCAACUCGGUGAAGGAGAAGGCUUCCGAUCUUCAGAAUGCUGCGGGGGAUGCCUUCGAUUCGGCCAAGGAUAAGGCUUCGGAGCUCGCUGAUGGAGCCAAAGACAAGGCUGAAGACGUGAAGGACACUGCCGGAGAGACCUUCGAAAAGGUUCACCACACGGCCACCACUGCUGUCGACGACGCCAAAGAUCAUGCCUCCGACGCGAAGGAUUCUGCUCACGGAUACUUCGAAUCGGCCAAGGAGAAGGCUUCCGAAGCGGCCGACUCCGUUGCCGCUUCCACGAAAAGUCUGACGUCUCAGGCUUCCGACGCCAUCACCGGAGCCUACGACUCUGCCAAGGGAAAGGCUUCGGAUCUCGUCGACUCGCUCGCCGGACAUGCUUCUGAUUCGAAGGAGGCGGCUGAGAAUAGGGCUGCCGAGGCUCGUGACGCCGCCGGAGACGCGUUCGAUUCGGCCAAAGAAAAGGUCUCUGAAGCUGCCGAUUCGACUCACGAAUCGGCGAAAUCUCUGAAAGACCAGGCUGCGGAUGCUCUCUCUGGAGCUUACGAUUCUGUCACGGGAAAGGCCUCCGAUGCCAAAGACGCCGUGGAGAACACCGCAUCAGACGUGUACAACUCGGCCAAAAACAAGGCUUCGGACGCUCGUGACGCCGUCGGAGACGCUUUCGGUUCUGUAAAGGACACGGCUUCGGAUGCCGCUGAUUCCACGCAGGAAUCUGCGAAAUCCCUGAAGGACAAGGCCGCCGACGCCAUCUCUGGAGCCUACGAUUCCGCGAAAGAAACGGCUUCGGGACUGGCUGACAAGCUCACCGGAAACACCUCGGAUGCAGUCGACUCUGCCAAGAAUAAGGCUUCCGAUAUUCAGAAUGCUGCCGGCGACGCCUUCGAUUCGGCCAAGGGCAAAGCUUCGGAGCUCGCUGAUGGAGCCAAGGACAAGGCUGAAGACGUGAAGGACACUGUCGGAGAGACUUUCGAGAAGGUUCACCACACGGCCACCACUGCUGUCGACGACGCCAAGGAUUCUGCUCACGGACACUUCGAGUCUGCCAAGGAGAAGGCCGCGGAUGUCAAGGAUCAGGCUGUAAGUAUCAUCACACGCUCCAGAAUCUAUUCCAUUCCAUUUCAGACGGGACACACCGAGGCCGCGAGACACUCGAUCGUCGACUCGGCUAAGGAACUCGCGCACUCGGCCGAGGAGAAGCUCGAGGGAGCCGUGCAGUCGAUCGGCGACGCCGUGCAGUACGUCAACGACUCGACGACGUCGGCCGUCUCCUCCGUCGCCGACAAUCUCUCGUCGGCCGCGCACACUGUCGGCGAGAAGCUGCACAACGCAGAGGAGGCCGCUUCGGAGUACCUGCACGGAGUCAAGGUAAGUAGAAUUGCGAAAUUUGAAUGUACCUAAAGGUUUUGCUUUUUGCAGAAGACCGCCUCGGAGAAUGCUCACGACGCAAAGGAAGCGGUGAGCCAGAAGGCCGCCGAAGUGGAGGUACGUGCCAAGAAAUGCUGCAAUUGUACGAUUAGCUAAACCCGUCCCAACAAGAAAAAGAAGCUCUUUUCUGCUCUUUUUAUAGUUUUCGCGUUGCCUUUCCGUGUUAUUCUGACUAUUCCCCCCAUUGCUACUUCUAAACCAUCUGGUAUUGUACCCAUAGAAAUUGUGCAAGUUGCACACAGCUUCUAAAAGUACAAUAACAUGUGUGUGUGUGUGUGUGUGUGUGCUUGACUUUUUCAAUGUUUCCCCCCGUGUGUCUUUGUCCUUGUCCUUGUCCUUGUAACCCCCUCCUUGUUGCACCCUAACCCGUCCCAUGGCCAUCACAUUUUUUGCUUCCGAUGCCGUCUCGCGUCCUCCUCGUCACCUCUUCUAAUCUGUCCUCCCCACUUCUACUUCCACUUCUUCCACUUCUUCUGCCCCCCGAUCGUCGUUCUGAACCGUUUCUCAUCUUCCACAGACGGACGUCAAACUGCUCGGCGAACGAGCGGCCGCUAUGCACGAGAAGAAGCGCGAGUUUUUCUACUCGACGCCCGAGAAGACGUCUUCUGCCGCUGUUCACGCCGUCACCGCGCCAAUCCACGAGGAGCACCACGCUGCCGAGUCGGAGCCGCAAGAAGCCGUUGAGGUGGGUCAGAGGAUGCCAAGCGAAUCGAGCGGAUCGUUCUAAUUUUCCGAUCAUUUCAAAAACUAACCAUGUUCGUGCACCCCUCCUCCUCCGUUCGGGUUUCUUCAUUCGGUGCAUGGCGACGGAUUGGUUCGAUUUCUAGUUUCUCUCUUUCUCUCUCUCUCUCUCUCUCUCUCUCUCUCUCUCUCUCUUCCUCACUCCUUUUGUGGUCCUAUGGUAUCCACUAGACUUUGUACAUUCUCGAAUGCACAAAGUUUGGUCGAAUUAAUGUUUGUAACUCUCCAAUCUCCUCGCUAAUAAUCUAGUUCGCCGCCCGAAUCGCAGCCGACGUGACGGCCGACGCGGUCGCCGAAGUCGUCGAGUUGAUGAUGAAGUCAUCGGAAGAGAAGCAGUGCAGCGACAACACGCAUCUUCAGGUUCUUCGUGUCUCUCAUCCACGUGUCUUGUCUCCUUUUUUGCUCUCACUAAUAACUCUUGUAGAAGUGUAACCAAUUUUGCGAGCAAAAUUCCCACAUUGUGCGCUUGGGAGUGAGGCAAUCGCGUUCCCGCGCCCGGGUUUUCGAAAAUGUUGAAAAAAAUUUCGAUUUUUCAGAUUUUUUACUCGGAAAAUUGCGUUUCUUGUCAAAAUUGGCUAGAAAACGCAAUUUGCAAGCUCUAACAAGAAUUGGGUAUAAAUGAAACGGCGGCGGCAACAUGACCGACAGAGCGCGAUUGCCAAACACUUCAAAGUGCACAAUAGACUAAAUGUCAGCUAAUCGACCGCCAAAAAGUGAACUUCCUGAUUUGCAGACUCAAAUUGAUUGUUUUUAACUAAAAAAAAAAACCAAUUUCCGAAUAGGUUUUCAGUGUUUUUCUUAAUUUCAGGAAGCUGCCGCGGAAGCUGUGAACGACGCGUCGGAAGCGGCGAAGAAGGGAGCCGAUCACAUCGAGAAGAAGGUGGAUGAGGUAUAAUUUGUACCUCACACAAAAAUGCCAAAUACACAACUGCUUGUAAAUAUAUAUAUGUAUUGUAAAAGUGACCGAAAAUUGCGUAAAUAAAAGUGCAUUUCGGUCACUUUUCCCUCAUUUUGCGCCGCUUCUUCUCCGAACAGAAGACCUCACCGCCACGCCACGUCACCACGAUUAUAUGACAAUUAUUAUCGUUUUCUGUGAAAACUGCUUGAAAAUUGAGUAGAAACUCGCAAUUUUUGUGCUUUCCCAAUAAAAAUGCAGAGGAAAAUGAGGGAAAUUUCGGCUAGGAUAGAUUUUCAGAAAUCGGCAUCGAUGUGACACAGAAAAAGUUUGAAAAACACAAAACCGCACAUUCACAAUGAACUCUAGCGAACUCGCACGUGAACUUCCGGCAAACAGCACUUUUCCCGCGCACGUGAAUACGUCGGCAAGUGCGCUCUACUGCACUCGCACGGAAAAGGUUUGCCGCGGCCGCGAAUCAGUGCGCUAGACCACGAUUUCGCCGACACUGCGCAUUUGUUACAACAAAUGCGUUUUUGACGGCUAGAUUUCCUAAAAUCGAUGAUAAUUUCCCGAAAAAAUGCAAAAAUAACAUGAAUUUUUCAGGUGAGCGCGAAGAGCGGCACUCUUCCGUCGGGCGGAAACAAGACGGACACUCUUCGUUCGACGCGUUCCGAGGGCGCGACCGCUAACAAGAGAAAGUGCACCAUCCUCUAG